UGGCCAUGAACCCCAUCCAGAGGCCGGAGAUGUACAUCAUCGGCGCCCAGCCGGUGUGCAGCCAGCUGCCGGGGCUGUCCCCCGGGCAGCGCAAGCUCUGCCAGCUCUACCAGGAGCACAUGGUGUUCAUCGGGGAAGGGGCCCGCAGCGCCAUCAAGGAGUGCCAGCACCAGUUUCGGCAGCGCCGGUGGAACUGCAGCACGGUGGACAACACCUCUGUCUUUGGGAGGGUCAUGAAAAUAGGCAGCCGGGAGACGGCGUUCACGUACGCGGUGAGCGCGGCGGGGGUGGUGAACGCCAUCAGCCGCGCGUGUCGCGAGGGAGAACUGUCCAGCUGCGGCUGCAGCCGCACCGCCCGGCCCAAGGACCUGCCCCGGGACUGGCUGUGGGGAGGCUGCGGGGACAACGUGGAGUACGGAUACCGCUUCGCCAAGGAGUUCGUGGAUGCCAAGGAGAGGGAGAAGAACUACGUCCGAGGAUCGGAGGAGCAGGCGCGCAUGCUGAUGAACCUGCAGAACAACGAGGCUGGCCGCAGGGCCGUGUACAAGCUGGCAGACGUGGCCUGCAAGUGCCACGGCGUGUCGGGCUCGUGCAGCCUCAAGACCUGCUGGCUGCAGCUGGCCGACUUCCGCAAGGUGGGCGACCUGCUGAAGGAGAAGUACGACAGCGCCGCGGCCAUGAGGAUCAGCCGCAAGGGCAAGCUGGAGCUGGUCAACAACCGCUUCAACAUGCCCACCCAGGAGGACCUGGUCUACGUGGACCCCAGCCCGGACUAUUGCCUCCGCAACGAGACCACGGGCUCGCUGGGCACGCAGGGCCGGCUGUGCAACAAGACCUCGGAGGGCAUGGAUGGCUGCGAGCUGAUGUGCUGCGGACGGGGCUACGACCAGUUCAAGAGCGUGCAGGUGGAGCGCUGCCACUGCAAGUUCCACUGGUGCUGUUAUGUCAAGUGUAAAAAGUGCACAGAGAUCGUCGACCAGUACGUCUGUAAAUGAAAGGAGCCGCCAAAGCAACAAAUCUAUAUUAUAUAAAUCUAUAUAAAUAUAUUUUAUAUUUGUAUAAAUAAACAGAUGGUGAUAAUAAUUAAAAGAAGCUUAUUUAAGAGACAUUUUGGUUUUGAAAUUUCCCCCCCCACCACCUCGUCAGGUCAGCUGAUUUGACAUUCCUUCAGUUCUGCUGGGGAAUUUGUCUUUGGGUGGAGCUCCCCUUGGGGAGAUGGGCAAUACCCCAUUGGCAUCUGCCCUGGGAUGUUUCAGUCAGGGUGAAGAAGCUGAGGAGGUGCUAUUUCAUUACACAAAGCAAGCCAGUGAGAAGGAGUGGGUUCUUUCUUCUCUCUGAUCAGUAAAUCUCAGCAUUUUGCAAUAGUUACUGCACACUGGAAAUUACAGGCAGCCAUGGGUGAGUCCCAGUUAUUCAGAUUUCAAAUCCUGCACUGGGAAAUUCAGAACUGACUCUUGGUCCCUCUGAAGGGCUUUGUCACAUUAGAGGGAAGGUUAGCUAAGGCUACGAGGGUACGGCUUAAAAUCCACAGCCUUGUAAAACCAUUCCUGGAUGCUCCCCAGACCACAGUGGGGUAGAGGAAAGUUCACAGCCUGCUGUUGUGAGGAAGGAAGGUUCAACCUGUGGCUGACCAGUGCACAGCCUGGGAGUGCCCAUGAAGCCAGAACCUGGCUCCUCUGUGCCGCCAAGGGAAAUCUGCCCGGCUCAAACCACGUGGCUGUGUGUGCUAGGGAUUUUUGUUUUCCUUUUCCUUCAAAUCCCAUGCUGAAAGUUAAUUUUUCAAUAGGGAGGAAAAGCUGCCGGUGCCAGGGAUGUUUGCAGAGUGUAUUUUGUCAGUGGAAAGAAGCACUGCACACACACACACAUGCACAUGGCUGCGCUCCUCAUCCUGCUGCAGCUUCUCCUCUCUCGAGUGGAUGCAGGUGGUCACCUUGUUCAGCUCUAUUAAACCCUCCUCACCACCAGCCCAGCUGUAUAUUUCUCUCCAACACUGAGAUCCCCUCAGUGACAUUUCUUUCCCUCUGUUGCCUGUGUGUCCGUGUGUUUUGGUUUGUUCUUUUGGUUUGUUCUUUUAUUUUGCUGCUCUGUGUUUCAGAGGGCAGGGGCCGUGCUCUUCCCCGGCAGGAGCCAACCACAGGAACAUUUGCUCCCAGAGCAUGGCUGUGUGUUCACCGUGGAAGUCUCUGUGUUUUAACUUGGUAAUAAAAAGACUGUAAUAAAGCUGUACCAGGGCAGAAGGCAUUA